CGCUCGGGCCGGCCGAAGGCGCGGGGCUCGGGGCCUCGGGGCUCCCCUGCCGCUCCGGGCAGGCGCGCCUAUGGCGUUUCUAAGGUGACGCUGCGCUCAGCGCCUUUCUCCGGGCGCGGAGGAAACACCUAUGAACCCCUCGGCGACCUUCUUCGUCGGGCGCCAGAACAUCGGGUCGGAAGUUGAGAUUUCCACGAUCGAGAAGCAGCGGAAGGAGCUGCAGCUGCUCGUGGGAGAGCUGAAGGACCGCGACAGAGAGCUCAAUGACAUGGUCGCCGUCCACCAGAGACAGCUGCUCUCGUGGGAGGAGGACCGGCAGAAGGUGCUGACUCUGGAGGAGCGCUGCAGCAAACUGGAAGGUGAGCUGCAUAAAAGGACGGAGAUAAUCAGGUCGCUCACGAAGAAGGUCAAGACCCUCGAAGCUAGUCACGUGGAGUGCCAGACCGCCCUCCAGAAGACCCAGCUGCAGCUCCAGGAGAUGGCCCAGAAGGCCACCCACGCCUCGCUCCUCUCGGAAGACCUCGAGGCGAGAAACGAAAACCUCAGCAACACGCUGGUGGAGCUGUCCGCGCAGGUGGGACAGCUGCAGGCCCGAGAGCAGGCCCUCACCACCAUGAUAAAGCUGAAGGACAAAGACAUCAUUGAGGCGGUCAACCACAUCUCGGACUGCUCGGGCAAGUUCAAGCUGCUAGAGCACGCCUUGCGCGACGCCAAGAUGGUGGAGACCUGCAUCGUGAAGGAAAAGCAAGACUACAAGCAGAAGCUGAAGACCCUUAAGGUUGAAAUCAACAAGCUGAAAGAGGAUCUAAAUGAAAAGACAACAGAAAAUAAUGAACAACGAGAAGAAAUCAUUCGCCUCAAGCAAGAGAAUAGUUGCCUGCACGAUGAAUUGGUUUUUACUGGAGAGAGAGAGAAGAGGAAGGACGAGCUGCUGGACAUCGCCAAGUCCAAGCAGGACCGCACGAACGCGGAGCUGCACAGCCUGCGGCAGAUUUACGUGAAGCAGCAGAGCGACCUGCAGUUCCUUAAUUUCAACGUGGAACACUCCCAGGAGCUCGUGCAGAUCUACAACUCGCGGAUGGAGGAGUCCCGGGCCCUGGAGUCCAGCAGAGACAUGUACUUAUCUGACCUUGAAAGCAACCACCCAAAAGUCGAUAUUAAGAGGGAGAAACAUCAGAAGUCGCUGGUCAAGGACCAAACGCUGGAGGCCACGCUGACCCAGCAGAUCAGGGCCGACAGGGGCUCCUGUGCCGGCUGCGCGGAGAAGCUGCAGGCCAGCGCGGCGUUCGGGGAGAAAAGCGUCCUGGCCGUCUCCUCUCUGCUCACAAAGGACCUGACGGGGAAACAGAAGUCCUGGUCUCUGGGAGGAAAACUCCCGACUGAGCCUGAACACAAAAGCGCGCCGUGCCAGAUCCACGGGAAAUCCUCCCAAGGCAUUGGAGUCGGGGCCCCGCCGGAAGAGAAGCCGGUCCCAGCAGCCCCCGCGCUGCCUGCCGACGAGACGCCGCGGCACGAGGUCAGCGUCUUCCUGGGCCUGGCCGACUGCGCAGGCGCAAAGCGGCGGGAGCGGCUGCGAGCGGAGUGCGAAGGCCGCGUGGAGGGGCCGGGGCCCUCGUGCUGCCGCGGAAGUGAAGGCUGGCUGGGCGACAGUGACGCGUGCGGGUCCAGGUGCUGCCACCCGAGUAACUUCGUGGUCGAGGCCCCGGGCCAGAUGUCCGACACGGAGUGGAUGAGCAUCUUCAAGCCGGCCAAGCUGCAGCGCGUCGUUCGCCUGAAGUCGGCGUGCACAUGCGCAGAGAGCGCCAGUGGGCCGCAGUGCUACCCCUCCGCCAGCGAGCUCGCGGCCGCCCCGCAGCCCCCCUGUGUGGGCUCUGCCUUGCCAGGGGAUGAGAAGGCGAUGGAGACAGAGUCCUCUGCGGAUAGAAAGAACUCACCUAAGAUUCUGUUUGUGAACAAAGAUGCAGCACCGCCCAGUGAGAAGGAGGACUUCUCUCCCACGAGCAAGCUCCAGCGCUUGCUGGCGGAGUCCCGGCAGAUGGUCACGGACCUGGAGCUGAGCACGCUGCUACCCAUCAGCUCCCAGGGCCUCGGCGGCUCCGCCGCCGCCAGGAAGAACUUCGAAGUCUCAGAAGAGUCAGCUCCAAAACACACCUCUCAGUAGCUGGGGAAAACAAAGUCAGCCUCAGCGUUCAGUGUUUGUGGAAGCCGGUGUCUCCUCCCCGUGGAAGCAGGAAGCAGCCGCCUACACCUCAUCCUUGACCUUGAGAACACAGCGAGGCUUGUCCCCUUCCCAGGCGCCGUUUCACGCCCAAGGGGCGCGGAGACGGAAAGUUAAUGCCAACAUCUGUGUUCGGUUUGUUUUCAAGUGAACCAUCCGCCUGUGUCAGAAACCCUUUUCACGCGUGAGGAGGGAGAUCUUACUCCCUGUUGUGCUUGCACCAGCUCAACACUGUGCCAAGGGGACACUUCGCUGUCAGGAUGCCCACCACGAUGACAUGCUGGAGGAGCCCUUUGCGGUGUGAACUAGAGAACCCCCGUGUCUGAAAUGCUGUUUUCACUACCUGAACUACCUGACUGUUCAAACCUGUGCGUGCGUUUACAUCAGAGCCGGGAGCUGCUCGCAGCCAGCUCCACGUGUGUGGCCAGCGGCUUUCACCCCUCUCGUGGCCGUGGCUCUGCGCUUGGCCCUGUGAAUGGACCUGGGGCGACACGACGCUGUGGACUGGAAGUCAUCCCUCUGUCACCGCCCUGCGGGCCCCUGCGGCCCCACGGCCGAGCAGAGCCCGUCCGGGCCGGGUCCGCGGCCGCCCGUCUCCCGUGCGCUCGGCGGCUGCUGGGAGAGCGCGGGGUCCGCGCGUUUGUAAAGAUUGUCAAACUCUGAAACACUCCUGCUUUAACUUGGAAUUUAAUUUUUUUAAGAAUAUAAUAUGUGUCUCUCUGUCCUUCUAAGAGAAUCGAUUAGCUUCAGUUAAUAAAAAAAUAUUUUGAGUAA